AUGACUUGUCAUUAUAAUAAAGCCAGAAACACGGGAACCGUCAAAGAAGGAGAAAUUCGUUAUAAAGUUAAAAGUGCCGUCCAUCAGUUUCUCAACCAGCGACGGACUGCGACUGAAAACGUUAGCACGACUGACGGCCAUCAGUUUCUCAACUGGCAAUCGACCGCAAUUGAAAACACCAGCACGAAUACCAGCACGGAUAUAAACGCACCUGACAUGAGACCCCCAAAGGCCUGGUACAAACUUGUAAAGCCCGAAAGCGCCUGGGACAAAAUUCCUCUGCUUGAGGUCGAAGACGUAAGCGACCUCAAGAAUGCGAUCAAGAAAGCAAUGUCACCGAAGUUAGAUCUCUAUCCCGCCGCCGAUCUCAUUCUCAAAGCGUCAAAGUUCGAUAACAAGGACGCUGGCAAUGCCAUUGAGUUCGAUUCGGAGAGCCAACUUGAAUCAAUCCUAAAGUAUUUUGGAGUAGAACAAACUCCAAUUCAUCAAUCUUUCGCUGCAAAUAUUAGGCUGUUCCUAAGUGCUCAGGAUGAACGUCGCAAGUUUGCCGCCGCCACUGAGGCUGAUCCGGUCAACAACUUCUAUAUUGAACCCAAGAUUCUCGAAAAUUUUGCAUCAUACCUCCUUAACCGUCAGUUCUGCCUCCUUUUUGGACAUCGCCAGAGUGGCAAGACUACCAUUUGUCAUGCAUUGUUGCGAUGGUUCUACGAACACCCAGAAAAGUUCACAGAAUUUUCCGGUUGUAACCCCGAUGACUUCGACAUGCAUGUCGUAACCUUUGAUGCCACAGUUCGGGCCGAUCAAGGGUCAAAAGUAUUCUGGAAAGCUGUGUGCGAAAGACUUUAUUCUUUAGACAAGAGCCGAAUCGACGUCAACCUUCCCGCAACGAGUUCCGGAGCUUUCUUGAAUUUCUUCUCGAAACGCAAUCAUCCUUCGUCAAAGCCGGUUAUUCUCCUCAUCGAUGAAGCUUCGCGCCUAACUAGCGUGGGUGGUGAAACUGAUGUCACAAAUGAGGUUACCGAUGAAUUUAUCAGCGUGCUACGGUCUCUAAAGAACGCUCACGAUUAUUCUCUACAUGGUCUUGCGCUUGUCGGCACCGAAAGUAUUAGAGAGCUCUUGGUCGCUCACAAUAAGCCUGGUGCUUCGUCCCAAAUUUCGCCGUUUUCACAAGAGGCAACCUGGAUGGCCGGCCGGUUUACCAAAGCCGAAGUCGAAGAACUUUUUGGCCAGUUCGCUAAGGAUAGAAGUUCUAUGUUCGAUUCGGUCAAUAUUGCAACAGAUGUUUUCGAACUCACUCUUGGCCAUAAAGGUCUUGUCGGCGCUUGUGGUGCUUAUGUUCAGCAAGGAUACGAUUUUGGAAGCUCCCCCAUUAUAACCCUUGAUGACUGGAAGAAGUAUACACCUGUUGAACUACGGCGAUUCAUAGUACAAAAGCAACAUUAUGACUCCAUCGUGCGAUCUCUCGGCAAUCUCUCUCCGGCGAGCAAAUCUAUUCUUAUGGACGUUCUCGGUCAUGGCAUUUGUGAAGUUGAUCCCACAAAGGAGGCUACGAAAUAUCUUUUGGCGGAAGGAAUGGUGUAUGUUAAGGAGGAACGAAGUGACGGAAGCGCGAUAAUUGAAUGCGCCGCGCCUAUCCUUCGGGGUCUAAUGCUCUCCCACAUAAGUAUGCGUGGAUUCAACCUAUCUCGGGCUCCACCGGAUGAGAAAGAGAUUGACCUUCAGUGGUUACUCUACGCACCGCAAUUCUUGAACGCCGAUGGAAACCCGUCGGAGUAUUCGUUUCAAUCAGAAUUUGCAACUGUUUUCAGGCACUUGCUCCCGUUGGCGUAUCCAGUCCUGCGAUAUAAAACUAUAGUGGAGGUUAAAGAGCGCAAUGAAGACGGCCGCCGUUCUCAACGAUUAGAUAUCCUCAUCCGCAACGGUUCCGACCUACCGUCAUACGGUUUUGAGCUCGUCGUUGCAGCGAGUCGACCAAAUUUCGACGAACACCACAAAAGGGCUCAUGACUACGGCAAGCUCCAUGGCUGUCGUCACGUGUUAAUGGUUAAUUUGUGCCCUAAGGUUACGCUAAGUGAAUAUUUCGGGAAAAUGAAUUACGACAAUGUGACUCCAGCGAAUGUGGUCAUCAAGCCAAAUGAAUUUAAGGGUGUAAUUAGAUUUGAAGAAAACGACGAACAUGUAUCGAUUACUGGUACCGACUGGGAUAUGAUGUUCAAUAGUGAUCUUGAAUAUGCAGCCUAA